UUUAUAAUUAAACGUCACAAAACUUGAAAAACAAAAUAAGGGCGUCGCCUUGAGGUGUGGAUCAGUCGAUGCAUGAUUUACUUUAACGUCCUACACUGUAGUUGACCCACGCACGUGUAGUUUAUCAUGGAGGAAACCAUUUUAACUGACCAGUGGGCGUAAUUUUCAAGUUUGCAAAAGGACCCAGAAAUGUCUGUCGAAGUGGUGGUCAAGAACAGCUGUCAGUCAAUAGGGGAGGGGCCACACUGGGACGACAGGACGAACUCGCUGUUGUAUGUGGACAUUCUGAGCAAUGACGUACACCGAUGGAUUCCAGACACCGGGAAUGACGAAAAAAUACACCUAGAUGACAGUGUAGGGUUUGUUGUUCCGUGCAGAAAAGGGGGCUAUAUUGUGGGUCUGGGUCGCUCGCUAUCUCAUGUCGAUUGGGAUUCCCGGAAGAUCACGAAACUUCACGAAGUAGACAAAGGAACAAAAAAUCGGUUUAACGACGGCAAAUGCGACCCGAGGGGAAGAGUAUGGGCGGGAACCAUGGGAUACGAAUCGGAACCAGCCAAUCCGGAGAGAGAAAGAGGAUCUUUGUUCCGAUUGGAUGUUGACGGUUCUCUUCACGCAUGCGUAAACAAGAUCAAUAUAUCAAACGGUCUUGCGUGGACUGCAGACAACAAAACCAUGUAUUACAUCGACUCACUCCCCCGGAAAGUGUAUGGCUUUGACUACGACAGUGAGACGGGCAAUAUAAGUAACCAGCGCGUGGUCGUGGAUUUUGGAGAGGGGACAAUCCCCACCCUCGGGUACCCAGACGGCAUGUGUAUUGACACAGAGGAUAAAAUAUGGGUUGCUUGUUACGGCGCCGCGAAAAUAGUUCGAUUUGAUCCAACAACUGGUAAACAAUUGAAAACUGUUGACAUUCCUGCUAUAAGAACAACUUCUUGUUGUUUUGGCGGGAAAAACUUCGAUGAACUGUAUGUGACGUGUGGCGUGCAGGGAUCAACGGAGGAGGAAAGAGAAAAGUAUCCGAUGACUGGGUCGGUUUUCCGGGUGACGGGUUUAGGAGUGCGGGGGCGCCCCGCCAAUGUGUAUGAAGGAUAGGCAGCCGAGCUGUUGCAGAGAGAUUGCGUUUUAAGUAAUGGUUAUACGAACUUACUCCAGGCAGAGUUUUUAUCAUAUACUAGUAUUAAAAAUGUUCUUUUUAUUGAAUAAAUUUUUACAUGGUA